AUCGUAUCCGGCCCAGUCCUGACCACGCCAUGUAAGCAGUCUAGCGCCUAGAACCCACACUGCCCAUUGUGGUCUGACCGGGUCAGCGCUUUGUGCUAGUUCGUGAAAUUCUAUAACUGUAGAUUAUACACGGUCGGGAGUCAUUCCCCAAAACCUUAUGCUAACUUUAUUUUAGCCGAUGUCCAAAUCAACAGCUCGACCCUUUCCAUCCCUAUUAGACCAGGAACUUUAUUCAGAUAUUACAGCUCUUGCUGAUAGUCCCAAGAAGGCCCAUUCAAUAAGUACCUCAGCUGGGGCAGGGUCAGCCACCAAAGCUCUUUCCAGUUAUCUUGCCAAACAGGCUGUAAAUCAACGCGAGACACCGGACCUGCUUGUAAGGGACGUCCAAUCUAGGCGACGUGUUACCUUUAAGGAUGCCGAAGAUAAAGCCAUGGCCCCGGAGGAUGCGGUAUCAGGAAUGCUGCGGGACCAUGGACCAGCUCGUGCCGAAGCUCGAGCUCCGUCCAGCUUCCCGCUGCACCAGCUCGAUUCCGACGCCCUGGAACUCGAGCGCAAAAAGGUGAGCCUGCAGAGCUCUGUGCGCGUGGAGGUACUGCGCAGUGAGCAGCAGCGCGCGCUGGAGCUGCUGCAGCGGGAGCGGGCAGCUAUAGCAGCUGCGACGGCAAACGCGAAUGAGCGGAUGCAGCUGGCGGAGAUGGAGAUGCAGGCCCUGGCCCGUAAGGAGGACGACAUGCGCGCAAAGAUCAGCCGAGCAGAGGAGGAGCUGGCGCAGCGAGACUACGAGUUGAAGCAACGUGAGGAGGCGGUGCGGAGCAUCGAGGAGAUGGCACAGCGGUUCAGCAUGAAGGAGGAGGCGCUGCAUCAGCAUGAGAACGAGCUGACUGCGCGCGAAGCGGCUUUGGUUAGGCUGGAACAAGCGGCACAGCAGGCGAACAAGGAGGCGGAGGCGCUGCGGGAGGCGUACAAGGAGCGAGCUGCGCGUCUCGCGGCCAAAGUCCGGGAAUGGGAGGAGGACCGGGGCGAGGCAAGGCGUCGACUAGACGAGGAGGCUGCAGCCCUGGAAGAGCGGCGGCAGAAGAUCUCGCUUGAGCUGCAUGAGCGGGACGCCACCGUCACGCUGCGGGAGCAGAAGCUAGCGGCAGACCUGCGGGAGGCUGAAGAGGAGAGCGCGGCCCGCCAGGCCGCCCACGAGCAGCAGCGUCGGACCAUGAUGGCUGAAAUGGAGGGCCUGCAGGCGCAGGUUUCUGUGCUCAUGUCCGAGGUUGCACAGCUCCAAAAGACUCGGGAGCAGAAGGAGGAACGGCUUGAGGAAGUCGAAAAGCAGGUUGAAGCAGCGGAGCGCCAGCUGGCUGAGCGCUCUGUUGCGCUGGACGACGCGCGCCUGACGGAGGCUGCUGCCAGCCAGGCGGCCAGCGAAACCCAUGCAAACCUCAGGCUGUUGCGAAAGGAUCAUGAGGCCCUUAAGGAGGAGGUCAGCGGCCUUGCUCGUGACAAGGAGCGCCUGAUGCUCGCCAUUGGGCAGGAGCGUGAGACCUGGCACCAGCAGCACAAGGCAGAGCUGGAAGCGCUACAAGCACAGCAGACGGCAUCAAGGCUGGAGGCCGAGCGAACCCGUGUUGAGAUUGAGCAGCUGAGCCAGAAGCAGGAGGCGCGAGCCAAGGAGGUGGAGGAGUGGAUCGCCGAGCAGACCACUGCCAUCAACCACGGCAAGGCCCGGGUCGACGCCGACGAGCGCAGGCUUCAGGUGCUGGGUGAGGAGCUCCUGUCCAGGGAGCGCGAGGUCACUGCGCUGCGUUCCGAGCUGAAUGAAGAGCUGCAAAAGGCGAAGCGCGAAACUGCGACGCUGGCAGCUGACAGGGCCAAAUUGCAGGCAGCCCAGGCGGAGUUGGUCUCCCAGCAGGCAGCGCUGGAGGAAGCCAAACGCAACAUGGCAGCAGAAGUACAGCAAAGCCUGCGGGAACGUGAGGCCGCACUGCUUGAGCGUCAGGCCCAGCUGGAGCGCCGCCAGGCUGACCUGGAGCAGCAGCGGUCAGGCCUGGAGAUGGAGUACCAGCGUCGCAUGAUGGCGCUAGACAUGCGCGAGCAGGAGGUGCAGAACAACAGUCGGUCGUUGGAGCGGCGGGCCCAGGACAUGACUGGACAAGAGCAACGAAUGGCACGGGACCUGGGUGAGAAGGAGGUGUCGCUUCGUAGCCUGGAGGCAUCCCUCCGGCUGCAGCAAGCAGACGUGGAUCAGAAGCUACAGAACUUGGCGGAGCAGCGCGACAGGCUGGCGCAGGACCGGAAGGCGAUGGCUACGGAGAGGGCUGAUCACGAGCGGCUCAUGACCGAAUCGAGACGAAUGCAGCGAGAAGCUGAGGUGGCGCGUGAAGAGGCACAACAUGUGCAGGCCCUUGCUGAGACACGGGAGCGACGCGCACGAGAGCUGGAGGAACGAGUCAACGCAGCUAGCCGCGACAUCAACGCCAAGACUGACGAGCUGGCCAAGGCAAUCCAGGCUGCUAAGGAGCGCGAGGACGCUGCGGCGGAGCGCGAGCGUGAGGCUCAGCGAGUGGCCUCCGACCAGACCCGCGUGCAGCAACUGCUUUCAGAGGCCGAGGCGCAGCAGGCAGCGGCGCGGGCGGCCAUGGAGCAAGCGGCCAGCGAACGGCGUUCGUUGGAGGCGAUGAGCCAGGCGCUGUCCUCGCUCGGCUCCGCGCUGGACGCCCGCGAGGCCAAGCUGCUGCAGACGUGGCGCGACCUCAAUGCGCAGCUCAACACACUGAGGGAGGAGGUGGCGCCGCUGGCGGAUGCUUCAUCAGGCGGACUGGAGGGCUUGGCCAUGGGGGAGAUUCCGGCGUCGCUCCUGGCGCCCAUUCCAGCCUCAACGGCCGCUGCUGGAGCUCUGCUGGCGGGUCUCACAGACGCAGCUCCCGCAGUUGCUGCCGCGAGUGGUGCUGCUGCUCGAGGAGCAGCAGCAGUCCCGCAGGCGGCAGUCGCAGCGGCCACAGCCGCCCUGGAGAAGCGACGUGCUGCAGUGCUGGAGCGUGAAACCGUCAUUCAAGAGCUCGUUCUGGGUUUGCACGUGCGCAUGGCCAAGCUCUCGUCGAUUGAGAAGCAAAUACGGGCGCAACAGGCGCGAGUGGCAUCAGAGACCCAGCAGUCUGCUGCGGAGGCACAGGCGCUCGCGCGACGUGAUGCCGAUCUGCGGGCAACGGCUGAGGCGCUGAGCGAGGAACGGACACGCUUGUUGUCACUGGCAGGCCAGGUGCAGGCUCGGAGUGAAGCGUUGGAUAAGCAGAAGCAGCAGCUUGAGGCAUCCAUGCAAGAGCUCGCCCUCAGUCGUCAGCAGCUCAGCGCCAUGCAGGCAACAGCUGCUGCCAAGCAGUCCGAGGCGGAGGAGGCAAUCAAACGUGCAGCUGAGAGGGCCGAAGCAGCCGAGGCCCGGGCCAGGGCGGCACAGCAGGCGGCGGAAAAGGAGGCCAAGGAACGGGCAGACGCGGCGGAGUUGCGUGCGAAUGAGCGUGCGGCAGCAGCAGAGAGCCGAGCGAAUGAGCGUGAGGCGGCCGCAGAGAAGCGUGCGAGCGAGCGGGAAUCCGCAGCGGAGAAGCGCAGUACUGAGAGGGAGGCGGCUGUGGCGGAGCGCGAGCAGACGCUUGCAGCACAGAUGUCGCAACGCGAGUUGGCUUUGUUAGCUGAGGUGGAGACACGCGAACAGAAGAUGACAACGGAAAUGGCAGAGCGGGAGAAGGCCGUCACGUUACGAGAACGCGACGUGGCAGACGCUGAGUCGCGCUUGGCGCGCUGGGCAGAGCAGUUGGCUUCUGCGCAACAGCGGGUAGCUGAGCAUGAGGCGUCGCUUUCGGGCCUGCAAGCCCUAAUGGACGAUACCCUUUCAGAGCGGCAGCGAAUUGUGGAGCUCCGGCGGGACUUGGAGCAAGCGGAACGGGAGCUUCAGGUGCAGCGUGCCGAAGCACAGGGCCAGGCAGCAGCGCUGACGCAGCGCGAGGCGGAUCUGGCUGUGCGCAUGGCAGAGCUGCAGGUCGGCUUGGAGCGCUUCCAAAGCCUGAAGCAGCAGCAGGAAGCACUGGAAGCCAAGCAGGCGGAGGUGGCGAAGCAGGUCGCCGAGCUCGGAGAACGUGAGGCGCGUCUGGCGGCUGCUAGGGCUGAAGUGGAGGCGGAGGCCCGCCGCCUAGAGGCUCAGGGCGCCGAGGCUGCGGCACAGGUGGAGUCCAAGAUGGCAGGCUUGGCAGAGCAGCGGAUCCAGCUAGAGCAAGCUAUUCGACGCAACGAGAAUGAGUGUGCGGAAUAUGAGAGCCGUCGUGCCGCACUUGAGGCGCAGCAACAGGCUCUUGCGCAAGAGCAGCAGCAGCUGGCUGCAACUCGCCGUGACAUUGAGGCGGAUGUUCAGGCACUAACGGAGAAGGCCGAGUCGGUGGAUCGGCUUCGCAUGGCCACGAAGGCUGACGCUGAUAAGCUUGCUGCAGAGCGGCUGGAGCUGCACGCCCGCAUGCGGCGGUCAACGGCAGACUUUGAGCAUGAGAUGCAGAGCGCCCAUGAGCUGGUGGAGCAGGCUAGGGCGCGGGCUGUGGAGGUAUCGCAGGCCGAGAGCUCACUCCGGGAGCGGCAGAAAGAGCUGAGUCAACGUGAAACCGAGCUAUCGUUACGGGAGCAGUCGCUGCAGAGAGGCUUGGCGCAAGCGGCUAUUGAGCGGGAAGAGCUCGUGCGGCGCAUGCAAAACCUGAACGGCCGGCAAGCUGAGGUGGAAGCGGCUCUGCAGCAGCUCGCCAGCUUGCAGGAGAGUCACGAGCGCUCAGUGCAGCAGGUCGCCGCCCGGGAGACCCGCGUUGAGGCGCGCACGACAGCACUCGUCCAGAUGGAAGCCAACCUCAAGGCUCUCAGCCAGCGACUGACUGGCGACUUGGAGGCAUGGAACACCCGUGCGCGGGGUCUGCUGGACUGCCGCCAAGCCGCGCUGGAGAGCCUCUCGCACAGCGUGGCUGCGGACCUAGACGCGCGCCAGGCUGAGCUCGCCCGGCGUGAGGCGCAGGUGCAGAACGAGGUGUCGUCGCUUCAGACUCAAAUCCAGAGCGAGGUCGAGACCGCCCGGCGCACAGCCUCCUCGGAGUGGGAGAUGCGGGCAAAGCAGGCUACGAAGGCCAUGGAAGACAAGGCGCGUCUAGUGGAGCAACUCACGGCAGAGCUUGAGGGACGGGGCAAGGAGCUGAAGGAUGCUCACGACGCCAUGGCAAAGCUCCAAGAGCAGCUCCUCUCCUCCGAGGCUCAUUCGGAGCAGCUGGGACAGAAGCUCGUAGCUGCCGAGCAGGCCUUGCGCGCAGCGCAGGCGUCUGCAGCCGCUGCCGCCGCCGCUGCUGCAACGGAGCGUCUUCAACUGCAGUCAGAGCUGCAGAGAUCUCUUGCGAAGGCUGGUGAGGCUUCAGCCGCUGCAGCAGCUGCAGCAACCGAGGCCGCUGCAGACAAGCAACGACUACAAGCCGAGUUGCAACGUGCCGGUGAAGCGGCUGCGGCUGAACAGCAGCGGCUGCAGGGCGAGUUGCAGCGGGCACGGGAGGAGAGGACGACGGAGCAGCAGAAACUCCAAGCUGAAGCCAUGCGUUCGCGUGAAGCAGCAGCGGCCGAGCAGCAGCGGCUGCAGAGCGAGCUCCAACAUGCACGGGAGGCGGCGUCUGCAGAGCAGCAGAGGCUGCAAGACGAGUUGAGGCGAGCGCAGGAAGCAGUACGACAGGCCAAGGACGAUCAUCGGGCUGCGGUUUCCGACUUGGAUCAGCUCAGGGUGGAAAAGCGCCGGCUAGAGGGUACCAUCCAGGAUCUAAACCGCGCUUUGGAUGAUGCCCGGGCAGCGACUGUGCAAGUCCAGCAAGCCGCCACACAGCAACGUACGGCAGCCGAGAAGGCUGCGUCCGAGCGCACCGCGGCACUGGAGGAUGAGGGGCGAGUCCUGAGGAGCCGGAUCGAUGAACUGCAGCGGCAGCUGUCAACUGCACGGGAUGAAGCUGCGGCUGCGGCUGCUGCAAAGCUGGGCAGUGACGAUGCUGCCCAGAAGGCAUUGGAGGAGCUUUCUAGGCAUAAACAGCAGCUUGAGCAGCAGCAGUCGCAGCUCCAGCAGCGCAUGGAGCAGCUGCGGGAGAGCGAGCGGCAGCUUGAGCAGCGGCGACAGCAGCUAGACGAGCGGCAAUGGCAGAGCGAGUCAACAGCUCGCCGGUUAGAGGACCAAUCGCGACAGCUGGAUAGCCGGCGCUCGGAAGCGGAGGCGGAGGCGCGACGGUUGGAGGAGCGAGCAAGGCUGUUGGACGAGCGAGCGGCGGCUGUGGCUCAGUCGGAACAGAAAGUGCAGUCGCUCCAGCGGGAGCUCUCGGAGGGCCAAGCACAGCUUGCGGAGCAGCGCCGGCAGGCUUCCUCUGCCGCCUCCACUGCCCUGGAGGUCGACAUGCGGCGGUCACAGCUGGAUUCUGAAGGCAGCAAGCUGGAGGCACAGCGAGUGGCCCUGCAGGCCGAGCGCGCGUCGCUUGCAGCGGAGCGGACACGCCUGGAGGAGGAGCAGGUACGCCUGCGCAUCCGCUGGGAGGAGCUGGAGCGCCGCCAGUCGGAGGGUGCAGCCGCCGAGACGGCCCGGGCCAGUGUGGAUGCGUCAGAGGCGGCGCUGCAGCGGCGGGAGGCGGACCUACGUGCCCGGGAAGAGCAGCUGUCAGCUCAGCGCGAGUCGCUGUCCGUUCGCGAGGCCGAGCUGCAGCGGCAGCACGCAGCAGCCCGCGCGCUGGUGGAGGAGAAGCAGCGGCAGCUGGAUGCGGUGCUGCAGCAGGGCGAGGCGUUGGCAGCACAGCAGGCCAGUCUGCAGGCGUGGCGCGAGGAGGUAGCUUCGAAGCUGGACCUGGGCAUGGCGGAGCUGACGGGGCGCCAGGCGGCGGUGGAGGAGGCUCAGGAGGCGCUGAAACGCGCUGAAGCAGACCUCACGGCCAGGUCGGACGAGUUGGCGCAGGCUGAGGCUCACCUGUCAGCCCAUCGGUCUAGCCUGGAGGAGGAGGCACGGCGGCUGACGGAGGAGGCGGCGCAGGUGCUGCGUGAGAGGAAGGCGCUGCAGAAGGAGCGGGAGGAGCUUGAGGUGCAAUCCGCUGAGGGACCCCGUGCGCUGCAGGCCCGGGAGCAAUCAGCGGGUGAGGCGCAGGAGGCGCUUCGAGCUGCCAUGGCGGCGCUGGCGGCGCGCGAGGCAGCGGUGGCCGCCCGGGAAGACGAGCUGGAGGCCCGUGUUGCCCGCCUGCGGGCUCAUGCGGCGGAAGCAAGGGAGGUUCAUGAUGCCAGCACCGCGGCUGAUGCAGCUGGUUCCAGGUCUCGAUCGACAAGCAGCCCUGGACAACUCGGACUUUCAACUUCCGCCCAGCUCCCGACAUCUUCGCAACAGUUCACCCUAAGAGACGCGACCGCUCAACGCCUGUCCGCAGCGCUCUCUGCACGCCAACCUCUAAUAUCCACUCUCAGCGGCUUGCCCUACUCCUCCGCAGCCCUGGCAGCUACCGCAACCACUGCAGCAGCUGCUGGCCGGUCAGACGCAUCACGGAUGGCCCCUCCGUCCGGUCACCGCAGCGUGCCCAACACUGGUGGCGGAGCCCUACUAGCGCCUGGCGCCUCCGCCCCUACCUUCUUCUCCACUGGCGGAGGUGUCGGCGUCGGCGUUGCUCCCUCACAAGCAGCCGUCCCGCAGUUGCUGACUCGGAUGUCCUUUGACCAAGCGACAGUGGCAUCGCUAGACCAGAUUCCCUGGGUUGCACCCAGCAGAGUUGUUUCAGGACAGGGCCUUGCAUCGCAGCCAGGAGCAGAACGACAGCAUGCAGCAGCUCAGUUUGGGAACCGCCGCUCAUCCGGCGGUGGCGGCGAUGGCGGUGCCGGAGUGGCAGCAUCCGUCGCUGUUAGCAGCGUCAGCGAGCUGGGAUUCCCCACGGCCCUUGCGGGCGCUGGGGUGGCAGCGUCCACAGCUACCACGGCGUCACUGCUGCUGCGGGGUCCGCUGCCGACGGAGACGCCCCUAGCGUUGCAGGGCGGCGGCGGUGCAGGCGGGCGUGGUGGCAUGGCGCAGGAGAGUGGCGCUGCCACGCCAGCCGGCCAGUCGGAUACGCCGCUGAUGGGGUCGGUGCUGCCAGAGGCACGGAAGAGGCAUGUCCGCGGCGCCGCAAUCCAGCAGUCCAUUCUGGAGCAACAACCAUCCAGCCGUUACUCCACCUUGCAACCACCAGCGCCGCCGCUCUUCCAGGAGACGUCCUAUGACUCCACCAUCUCUUCGUCGGUGCAGACGGCGGCCGCUGGCGCUAACCCCUCCCCCCCUGUUGGCGGCGGCAGCAGCGGCGGCGGUGGGACUCCAGCCGCUGGCAGUGCUGCUGCGGCUAGCGCUGCCCGGCAGCAACGCACGCUGCAGGUGCUGCUCGCCACUACACAGCAAGCGGCCACGCGAGGACAGGAGAGGCUGCAGCGGCUGUACCGCAUCACGGAGCCCCUGGCCGCUGACCUGUCAUUCGAGGAGCGGCCCCUCCUGGAGCGGUGCCGCGACGCGCUGGACGGCUUGUCCCGGGAGCUGGAGUCGCUGCAGGCAGCGGUGCAGCAGACGACUUCAGCUGUAGCGGCAGCAGGUGGUCUACCCGAGAUCAGCAAUCUACGACGCCAGGUGGAGGCGCACCAGCGAGCCCUGGCGCAGUGGGAGGCCGCCGUCGCGGCGCAGAUGCAAACCAUUACCGGUCUGCAGGACCCGGUCAGGCGCAGCUCAUUGUUGCGCAGUCUGACAGCGAACCAGUAACGGACCUGUGACAUUGCGGGUCAUUCCUGGAGUUAGGUCACCUGAGGACUGCCCUAUACCCGAAGCGCAACACUUCAUGUGUCUUCAACACCCAAACAGCGUUUUGCGUUUGGCAUGCAUUUUGAUUGCAACAUUCUUGGAUAUUGUCAAGUGGGAUGUACUUUGUCAGCCUGUGAAUGGAUGUGAAGACUGUCUAUCUCGCAUGUGUUUGAGGCGUGACUUAGGCGGUAUGUACUGCAGGCAUGCCGUACAAUCCUGCUAAGCUGUCAUGGGCCACGGGUUGUAAGGGGUUUGGGGUUUGCUAUGGACGAGCAAGUUGUAUGUACGCCUAGGUAAAGUCUUGUGUACAUGGUUAAUACUACUACUAGUGCUUGUGGGUUGCCAAUUUUGGGCUGCACACAUGCCCACUGCAACCUCAUGUGCAACAUCAUAUGUGCGGAAGCCGCGCAUGACCCCAAGCUGGUCUCGUCUGUUCGCAUGUUUGUAUCCCUAAACAUGUAUGCAGCCAUUGUGGCUCAUCCGUCUGCCACAAUAAUUGUAAGCCCUGU